UAAAUCGAGACUUUUUAAAGGAGGCGGCGCUCACCAGAGGCUCCGUACACCGAAGCAUAGUUUUUCUCUAACUCUCCCGGCAGCCGGCAGGAGCUGUUAAGCAUUAUAGCUUUCGAUUUCCAUACUCCUCCUUCCCUUAGCUGUUAUUUUUUGCCUAGGGGAAUGAUCUGCAAGAUCCUACGUGAAACUUGAUGAAUACUGCGGACACCGUUUUGGAGACAGGUAACUUCUUCAGCGCCAUGUUCCGCGAUACGAAGCAGAGAAUCCCCAGGCCGGUAACUCGGAAUUUAGAAGACCUGGACUCGGUGCAGAGCAUCCUGCUACACAGUAACAUUGAACCUGAGUGGUUGGACAGUGUACAGAAAAAUGGAGAAUUAUUCUACCUAGAAUUAACAGAAGAUGAAGAGGAAACCAUCCCUCGUGACAGUUCUCUUGCUAGAUCUAUGAUGAGCCAUGUGAGAUUUCGUGAAAAUGAAGCUGAAUUUUUUCAUGAGAAAGCUGUAAAAGACAGAAAGUGUGAACAUAGAUUGCAACAGUUUUCUAAUUUAUUAAAGAAUAAAGGUCUUCUGAGGCAUUUUGAAAAGAAGAAAGCAAGUAGUAAAGUCACUGUCCAUAAUUAUGGCCCAGCAUCCAUAUUGAAAUACAAUUCUUGCCAUAAGAUGGGAGAUGUCGCCCAACAGCUGUACAAAGACAUUUACAUUUAUGUAAAUCCACAUAAAGGCUCAAAUGCUGCAACAGGGGACCAACAUGAGCUUCUGGAAUCCUUAAUAGGAAUUGUCCACCAACGACCAUGGACAACAGCUGAAAAAUAUAAUCAUGGUACUGAAUAUAGAAGUACUAAUGAAGAAAAAAUUACAGUACAUGGUUUCAUCCCAGGAAGCUCAGCAAUAAAAUCUGAACAGAUCUUAAUUGGAGAUGUCCUUGUUGCUGUAAAUGAUGUUGAUGUAAACACUAAAAAUAUAGAAAGAAUUUUGUCUUGUAUUCCUGGUCCUAUGCAGGUAAAAUUUACAUUUGAAAUAGCAGCAAUUGAACCAACAGGAACAUCUCAGUCAAAGAGUAAACAGACAGAAUCCUCUGAAAACAACUUGGUGAAUCUGCUGUGGAAAGACCAUAAUAAUGAUUCGCAGUUCUCUCUGCAAAGUAUACCACAUAUUGUAAUGUAUCUCUCACUUAACUUGGAAUCUGAUUCAUCUGAUGAGCAAGAAAUUAUUUACCAAUAUCCCAUAUCAGAAGCAUCUCAAAAAAUAAAAAGUGUAAGAGGAAUAUUUCUCACUCUGUGUGACAUACUGGAAAAUAUGACUGGGACACAAAUAAUUAGUUCAUCUAUGUUUUUAUGUGGGAAAUUGAUCCAUGUAGCUUAUUGGAAGAAGGCUGAUAAGCUGCUCAUAAUUGGCCUUCCAGCUGAAAGUGUACCUCUCUCUCAGCUAAGGAACAUGAUUGCAGAUAUUGUGAGAAUAUUGACCUUUGUAUACAAUUCCUUGGAUAGUGCUUUUUGUCAGGCAGAAAAUACUUCUCGAUUGGAUUAUUUCUUCAGCCUGUUUUUCCAGCAAGUUCUUCAGCAUGCCAACUCCAAUGCCAACCCUGACUAUGAUAACAGCUCAUUACUUUUAUACAACUUUCCAGGAGUACGAUGGCUGUUGCUACCCCAAAAUAUUAAAUCUGAAGAUUACUAUGAUGUGAGACGACAGUAUACAUUUUUAGGCUCGUGUCUCUUCUAUAAGGGAUAUUUAAUUAGUAGUCACUUGCCAAAGGAGGAUCUUAUUGAUAUUUCAUUAUACAGCAGACAUUAUUGCCUUUUGCCCUUAGCAGCAGAACAGCGAAUUGGUCAGUUAGUAAUAUGGCGAGAAGUAUUUCCACAACAUCAUAUUCAGGGUUCUCCAACUUCAUAUGAAGGAUUCCAAGAACCCCUAGCAAGAUACUUCUUACUCAUUGUUGGCUUGAAGCAUUUUAUUCUGAGUGUAUUGCUGGAAGCAGGAGGUUGUUCUUCCAAAGCUAUUGGAAAUCCUGGACCAGAUUGCAUAUAUAUUGACCAGGUGAAAUCAACUAUCCUUCAGCUGGAUGGAAUAGAUCUUAGCAUAGAUGAAAGAUUACAGACAGCAUUGGCUCCAUUGGUGUGUUGCGUAGAUGGGUUCUACCCUUCAUCGUCUGACAAAUUGGAGAGCUUUUCUCAUUUGCCUGUUCUCAGCAAACUGCAUCAUAUAUCAAGUACUGUACCUUCUCCAGCAAACAGAAAAAUCACUAAAAAGAAGCCUGUUGUUCCAAACCCAUUUACUUUUGGAACUCUGAAAAAGAAUGUCUCAGAUAAGGAAGCUGAAUUAUAUAAUGCUAUGAAGUUGACUUCGGGUCCAGAAAAUACCCUCUUUCAUUAUAUUUGUUUAGAAACAAUGCAUGGAAUUUUUAUUACUCCAACACAUGUUGAAGUAGCACAACUUAGUGGAACUAUCCAUCCACAGCUCAUCAAGAACUUCCAUCGCUGUUGUCUUUCCAUCCGUUCCAUUUUUCAACAAACUAUGCUGAGACAAAAUAAAAAGUCCGGGAGAAGAUCGGAAUCCCAAAAAGCAAAUUUGGACCUAAAUCAAGUGAAAGAACAUGGUAUAUUGUUUGAGUGUGCUCCUGACAGCUGUACUGACCAAAAGAAACCCGAUUCCAAUAUAAUGUACUGGGUGGUAGGGAGACUCUUCCUAGAUCCCAAGCCUCGGGAAUUUUACGUCUGUUUUCAUGAUUCAGUCACAGAGGUUGCUGUUGAAUUGGCUUUUAAGUUAUCAUUUGGCUUAGCUGUAUAGAUAAACUUAUCUGCAGUUUUUCAUUUUCCAUGUCACAGAAAACACAGAAGUAUUACAUUGUGGUUUUGUUUGUGGUGCCCUUUAAAAUAUUCCCUAAAAUCAGUUAUGUAAUAUUUAAAAAACCACACAUUUAUAACACUAUUUAUGAAAUUCGUUCCUUUCAGAAGAUUGAAAGUUGGAUGAGUUAUGAUAUUAUAUAUUAAUUAAAAAUUAUAUGUAAAUAUUACCUAUAGAAUCAAUGAUCAAGUUAUAUACACAAGCACAUUUUUCCCUUAAAGCCAUAUCCUUGGAAGAUGCACCUUUAGACCUUGAAAAUAAUCUCACUCAUUAUGCAGUUAAAAUAGAGAUUUCUAUUAUGUAUGCACCUUUUUGGACUUCAUUUAAAGAAUACAAUGUAAUGCUUGCAUAUUAUGUCAGAGGUAGGGAACUAUUUUAAUUCAGUUUGGUAUGGGAUUUAAGAUCAAAAUAUGUGGAUACCAAAACUAAGGUUCAAAACUUCAGAUGAUCACAAUGAUUUUAUCAGAGAAAAAGAAAAGAAAUCUUAGUUUUUGCUGUUGUCUAGUGAUAAUCCACAUUAUGCAGUCCUGAUCUGGUGGCCUUAACAAAUGGAUUCCUUAAGUCUUCCAGAAAAUUUAUAUGCAAAUUCUUAGGGGAGGUAGUUUACCUUACAUUAAAUGGAUAUAGUACUUUGUGAUACAAAAAGAAGUUAUAUUUAUAUUUAGAAAAUACUUGUUAUAAAAUAAAACUGAAUGUUUCCUAGUACAUUGCAGACAAUGUUAUAUGACUUUUUUUACAAUAAAGGAAUAUUCUUCAAAUAGUC